AUGGAGGGUGAGUGCCAGUGUGAAGGCGUCAAUAAGGACUUCCCUGCUGGGAGCGUGAUGAGAAAGUUCGAAAAGGCCACUUUCCCAGUCGCGGGACGUGCCUAUCGCUUGAAGAAAAUCCUCUGGGAGCGUUAUAAUAACAAUUACCACCAGCGAAGGGCUACGUUCGAAGCAGAGGAAUGCGAGACUAAGGAUCCUGUCGUCGUCAAGUUCUUCGUCGAGGCAGAUCCAUUCAUGAGAGAGGAACAGAGUGGCAAGCGAUCUAUGAAAAACAAUGCGACUGAGCUUUUCCGUAACGAAUGCAAGAUCUGGAGAACCUUGUCAGACACGGGCUAUACACCCAAGUACUACGGCAGAAGGGAGUUGCAUCAGGACCUCACCUUUGAGAAUCCCGGCGGAUACCUUUGGAUUCUAGUUCUAGGAUAUUACCCGGCCUUCAGUCUGGCUGACGCGCCCCAAUUCCUGAAUGCUGAUGAGCUUCCCCGCGUCGAGAAACAGAUGCUUGAUAUGGCUGUGUACGCCACGGACAUUGAAUACUUCAGCGAGACCGAGGUUCGCGAUGACCCGUUAGCGGCAAAGAAUUCAGCAGCACAUUGGGUUAGUGUCGUGAUGGAUGCCCUCAGAGCUGGUGUAGAAGAGAUCAGGGGUCUUUCGCCGAUGGACCUACAUAUUGACUUUGGAGACUUUGGGAGUGACAGUGAUUGA